UUUAAGAGCAAGUGUACCUCCCCCUCCUGCUCCGACUGUGAGCGGAUCUGUUGGUGCUGAAGCGUCCCUUUCAGUUUCAGUACCAGCCAUGGCCGAAAUUAAAACGGGCAUUUUCGCCAAAAACGUCCAGAAACGGCUCAAUCGAGCCCAGGAAAAGGUGCUGCAGAAGUUGGGGAAGGCUGAUGAGACAAAAGAUGAGCAGUUCGAGCAGACUGUUCAAAACUUCAAGAGACAGGAGUCUGAGGGCUCCCGGUUGCAGAGGGAGUUGAGGGCUUAUCUGGCAGCUGUAAAAGGUAUGCAACAGGCCUCCAUGAAUCUGACAGAGUCUCUCCAUGAAGUCUAUGAGCCAGACUGGCAUGGGAAGGAUGAUGUCAUGACCAUUGGGAAGAACUGUGAUGAAUUGUGGGAGGAUUUUCAUGAGAGAUUGGUGGACUCCACAGUCAAUGCACUGGAGAACUACCUUGUACAGUUUCCAGAUCUUAAGACCCGUGUAUCAAAGAGAGCUAGAAAACUGAUCGACUACGACAGCGCAAGGCACCAUCUUGAAACCUUGCAAGCAUCCAAUAUGAGAAGUGAGAGGAAGACCAUGAAGGCAGAGGAAGACUUAAAAAAGGCACAGAAGGUGUUCGAUGAUCUCAAUGUCGGCUUGCAAGAUGAGCUCCCAACUCUGUGGGACAGUCGAGUUGGAUUCUAUGUGAAUACAUUCAAGAGCAUCACCAGCCUGGAGGCCAAGUUCCAUAGAGAAAUAUCUUUGCUAUGUCACAAGCUAUAUGAGGUGAUGAAUAGACUGGCUGAGCAACAUUCUGACAAGAUGUUCACAAUCCAGGGAGCUCCCAGUGACUCGGGUCCACUGCGGCUGGCGCGGACCCCGAGCCCUCCGGACGACUCUCCCCCAGAGAGUCCAGACGCCAGCCCCAACCACAUGCUGAGGCCCACCUCCCCUGGCCCACCCAGACCCAAGUCCCCCUCACAGAGUGAAGAUCUCAAGAAAGGACCUCCAGUGCGGCCCCCGCCAAUGGUCACUCCCACCCCCACCCCCACCAAGGAGAUUCAGCAGGAGCAGAUUAUUGACCUGUUUGACAGCGCCUUCCCUGUACCUGCACCCUGCACCCAGCCUAACGAAAGACCUGGCGAGUCUCUACUGGACCUCGACUUUGAUGCGUUCCCCACUACUCCCGCCGGACAAUCCACAUCUCAGAACUUACCCUGGGAUAUGUGGACGGGAAACGCUGCAGCUGCACAGCCUCAGCAGCUGGACUCGGGGUCGUGGGCCGAAGGAGCGGCGUCCCAAGGGGAGGGCGAGGGCGAGGGCGAGGCUAGUGCCAGUGCUAACUCCUCACUCCCCGCCUUCCCUGACCAGGCUGCCGACACUGCCGCGGGCUUCGGAGGCGGCGCGGGCUUCACCGCCGACUGGAGCGCCAACUUCGCCGCCGACUUUGGAGCGUCCGCCGCCGGGACGGAAGGCGCUGAUCCCUUCGGCGGUGCAGCGGCUGAUCCCUUCGGCGGCGCAGCGGCUGAUCCCUUUGCCGGCGCAGACGGUGCAGCCGCCGCCCCUGCGUCCGACGGAGGGUGGCCCCCGGCGAGCGGCUGGGGGGCCACGGAGGCGACGCAGCCCCCCGCAGCAGCGGCGGAGACCGCCGGAGGAGACGAGGUGGCCAACAAUGCUUUUAAUGGAUUUCCUCAGACGGACAGUGCUGCCCCGGCCUUUGCUGCAGAUUUUGAUAAGAUGGCGGAGGGUGCGGAGGGCGCUGAGGCUGUGGUGGCCACUGAGGCCCCUGAGGCGACCGAGGGGGCCGAGGGCCAGGUCACGACCCCCCCCGCCCCCGCCGAGGCGGCUGAGACUGCCGAGACCGUGGCUACCAGCCCCCCAGGAGAGAAGGCCCCAACGCCUGCAGAAUCACCGGUGUCGGCUGACAAUGUGGAGGGGACCGAGGGGACUGAGAUACCUGCACCUGAUGAACCUGAGAAAGAGCAACCCAUCCAUGAGGCUCCGGAAUCUGCUGCAGUACCCGAGGCAGAGGAGUCCCCCACUGCGGAGGCUCCGGCGUCUCCUGACGACAAGGGGUCUCCCAUUGAAGAGGCUCCGGCUGAGGUGGCCAAGCCCGCGGGCGAAAGUGGUGGCGGCGACGGCAACGCGGAGCCAGAGGCCGAGCCCCAGCCCAAGCAGGAGGCGGGUACUGUAGAGGUCAAGGCAGAGGAGGCAGCCAGUGCUGCUGAGGCCAAACCAGUGGAGGGGGCAGCAGACAGUGUUUCGGAGGAGGAGAAGAUGCCUAUCCCCUCUGUUGUGAUUGAGCCAGCGUCCAGCAACGAGGGAGAUGAUGACCGCGAUGUGGACAUCCUGUCCCCCACCACCACCAGCGAUAACGGGGUGCCCCCCACAUCUGACGCCCCCUCUGGCAUGCCCCCUGGCUUCCUCUAUAAGGUGGAGGCGAUGCAUGACUUUGAUGCAGAAAACACAGAUGAGCUCAACUUAAAGCAGGGAGACAUGGUCCUUGUGGUCCCCACAUCCCAGUCAGAGGAUCAGGAUGCAGGUUGGCUCACGGGCAUGCGAGAGGUUGACUGGCAUCAGCAGGGCGCCUUGGCUAAAAAAGGACUGUUCCCUGAGAACUUUGUCCAGCGUGUGGAUUAACUGCCCUCGCCGUGCUUCACACACACACACACACACACGCACACGCACACGCACACGCACACGCACGCACACACACACACGCGCGCGGGGCCUCUCGCAACCCAGGAGCCCCAGAUGGGGCCACCCACUCCUGUCUCUACGGCAGGCCAGAAGGGACAACAGCAAACAGAACACUCCAGUCACAGAGGGAAAAUAUCAAAACACAUGUAAACCAACAUAAAUGGUGAACCCUUGUGGAAACACACAAUAAACCUACUCAAGAGCUUAAUGACAAUAAACCGAUUUAUAACAGAGCAUGAUGCGAUAGUUAUGGUCUUAACCUUCCUCUUGAAAAGCAAGACCUUUCUGUUUUUGUUUGUUUACCUGUAAACAGCAGCAAAUUGAUGUGUGCUUUGUUGGAACUGUGGUGACCUCCACACGUAACCCCUAUCUGUUUAAAGGAAAACUGAUGUGAGUUUCCCUCUAACAAACAAAAAAAUGACCUUAUCUUCUCUGCACCAAGUGUAUUGUAUUGAUUUUUUCGCUCUGCAGCGAAUUUUAUCAGACUUUGUAGUGAUAUGAUCUAUUUAACCGUUCUAAGUGUUACACAAGACAAAUGUUUCCUUUCAGACAUUUCAGUCAUAAAUGUUACCUUGCAUCAUUGUUAGUGUUCAUUGUAGUUUCAUGGCUGGAUGUGUACGGCUGUGGUGAUGAUGUUUGGCGUACUAUUAACAUUGUCCAAUGACAAGACUUGCUGUGCUCUUGCCAAAUGAAUUGAAGUUCUAAUUAUGAAUAUGGAUAUUUGUUCAGUUACAAGCAUGAGAAAGUGAUUUUUGAAGGAAAAAAAUGAAAAACCCUGGACCUGGCAAAUACAGCUUUGCAAAACAUAAAAUGUAGCUCCCCUGAGUCCUUGUGUGUCUUAAACCUUAUAUCCAGGAUAACAUAUAUUAACAAGUCUUUCAGUGGAGACGAGAAAAUAUCCACCUGUGAAUGGAAUUUUAUGUUCUGAUGAAUUGUAUUUACUGAACUUUAAAUUUUUUAAUCUGAAUAUCACUGGAUUGUUUUUUUUUUUGUGGGUGGGUGGGAAGACAACAUAUGCAAUAUAUGUGGCUGGUUCAAUGGACAACCAUGGUCUGACUGUUUAGUUUAGCAAGGACUAAGCCACUCCUGUGAUCAUACAGUUAGCCCUCACCAUAGAACAUUUUUUGUGAUGUACAUAUCUGUGUUAAUUUAUCUAUAAGGUGAAUAAAGAAUAGUUAUCAUGGCUAUAUGAAGAUGA